UCUCUCCGAGGUUUCGGUAUUGUAAAAACUGCCGAGGACUCCAAAUAUGCACCCGUCGGAUGAUGCCCCCUCGCCAGAUGGCAAGGAAUCUUCUUCGACGGCAGCAGCCGAUGAUGAUGAUGCUUUUGAUCUCGAUGACUUGUUACCGGUUGUGGGAGAGUUUGGUCGUUAUCAAAAGCAAUUACUUUGGCUGGUCUGUUUGCCAGCAUGUUUACCCUGUGGCUUUUGUGCCUUUAAUCAACUGUUUAUGGCAAAUACGCCAGACCAUUGGUGCAAAGUACCAGGACUUGAAGAUCUGGACCCAGCGAAACGAAGACGUCUCGCAAUUCCCACCAAUCAGGAUGACAAUGCAACAUACAGCCAGUGCACAAGGUACGAUGUGAAUUGGACAGAUCCAGCUGUUAUUGCGAUGGAUAUUUUAACUCCUAAUUCUUCAUGGCCUGUAGUUCCAUGUGAUCAUGGCUGGGAAUAUGACAUGUCAGAAGUGUUAUCUUCAAUCGUCAUUGAUUUUGACUUGGUCUGUGAUUAUGCAAUUUAUCCGACUCUUGGUUUGGUUGCUCUCAAUACUGGAGGUCCAAUUGGUGUCUACCUUUUUGGUACACUAAACGAUAGGAUAGGACGAAGACUCUCCUUUUUCUCUUGCUUGGCUACUUUGAUAGCUGGUGGAUUUUUAACAUCAAUAUCUAAUAGCUUUUGGACCUGGGCGGCUUGUCGAGUUGUUGUUGGACUUACUAUUCCAGCCAUUUAUCAAAUUCCGUUCAUAAUUUCGUUAGAAUUAGUUGGACCCAAUUAUCGAUCUUUCGUCACCGUCAUGACCUGCUCUUUCUAUACUAUGGGUUUAUGCAUGUUAUCUGGUGUAACUUAUUUGGUGCGAGACUGGAGAACAUUAGCCGUAGUCACCAGUGCACCAUUUCUUCUAUACUUCUUCUAUUGGUGGUUUCUUCCAGAAUCACCACGAUGGCUUCUUGCAAAAGGGCGCCUUAGUGAAGCUAAUGAAAUUCUGAAAACUUUAGCUAAAGUUAAUGGAAAGGAACUUCCCGAGUCGUUUACGCAAAAACUUCGACAGAGAAUGACAAUGACGAGAACAAAAAGUGAAGAAGAAAGACUUCGUAAUGGUCCUGGUGUUUUGUCUCUUUUCAAAACUCCAAAUAUGCGACUGAAGACGUGUCUCAUAACUCUAAACUGGUUUGCCAAUAAUAUGGUUUACGUGGGGCUAUCGUACUAUGGACCAGCUCUUGGAAACGAGGAGCAUCUUAGCUUUUUCUUUUCAUCUCUUGCCGAAAUUCCGAGUUAUCUUGCCUGUUGGGUUGCAAUGGAUCGCUGGGGCCGAAGAUGGCCCCUUUGUCUGUGUAUGGUAACUGCCGGAAUAUCUUGUAUAGCAACUGUACUUCUUUCAUCAGAUGCGGUUGUGGCGACCUUAGUCCUGUUUCUUUUAUCAAAAUCAGCAAUAUCAGCUUCUUUUCUCAUCAUUUAUCCAUUCGCUGGGGAACUCUAUCCAACUCAACUUCGAGGAGUGGCGAUUGGAUUUUCUGCCUACAUCAGUGGACUAGGACUUAUUAUUAUUCCCUUUAUAACUUAUCUGGGAAAAGACAAUUUAGUUUUGCCGUUAGUAAUUCUGGGAGCUGUGUCAGUAAUUGGUGGAGUUUCAGGCUUGAGAUUACCGGAAACUCUGCAUCAUAGACUCCCUCAGACUGUAGAGGAAGGAGAACUGUUCGGUAAAGAUUGGACAUGUGCCGACUGUCUUCGUUGCGUUCCACCAAAACAAGCAUCAGCAACAACUUCAUAUGAAGAUCUUUCAGCGUGUGAAACAAUGGAAUUACAUGAUCUACCAGAUUUACCGAAGCUCGAGGAACAACGUUCGUCAGCGAGUGUUAGACGAUUGGUUCGUCAGCAAAGUGUAAUGGACACUCAACGAGAUUCCGAUGGUUCAAUUAAAAUGACUUACUGGUUUUAAUAAAAGAGAAACCAGCUAUGAAAGAAACACGCUUCUUUCUCCAUUCUUUAUAAUAAUAUCACAAGUGGAAAUUAAAAAAAAAAGAAAGAAACUCACACACAAACUUGAGAUAUUUUUUGUGAGAGAAUCGAAUUUUAUUUAAUGGUGUGUGUACAAAAACAAAGAAUAGAAGAAAUUUCGGACGAUACUUAAAAGAAAUGGAUUGUCCGCUCGUCGGCGUUUCUUCAUUCUGCCGACUUCACAGCCGAGUGG